AUGUAUAUCGUACAUCUAAGUGGAUGCACAUCUGUACAUCGUGUAUCGGAGAAGGAGGCGGAGAAGAUAGAUAAGAAAAAGACGGAAGCGCGGAGGGUGGUUUUUGCAGCACGGUCUCACCGUCUAUUCUUCGCAGCACUCGGCGCAUUAUUCAUGAAUGUCAUACAAGAAGUUACACGGGCUCGCAUAUCGGGAGUCCUCCAGCGGCUAAAAUUCAAGGCACAAUUCAAAAGUGUACAUCGUACAUUCAAUCAGGCGCACGCCAUACACCUGAAUACGUGUAUCUUGUACACCUGGCUGCUUGAGAUGAGAAGUCAUUGGUGCUGUCUUGACUCAAGGAUGAAAUCUGCGGCGCCAGAAAUACUGCUUGUCCUGGUCUCAACGGGCCACAGCGUCAUCUGUUACGAUGGAUCCAGAUUCCAUUCCAGCGCGGAUCAUGGCUGCACUGAUGGACUUUUUGGGAGCAUCCACGUACUUGUCUCCUUCUGCCAUCUUGGAGAGCCUGGUAAUGAUGUGGCCCAGAACUUGGAUGGCUUCUGCUGCACUUCGGAGGCUGGAGACGAUCAGCGAAAUGUUGCAGCCCGUUGGUAUUCCAUCGACUUUUUGACCAAACCAGGCUUCUUUGGUAAUCCGUCAAGCGAAGGCCAUUUUCGUCAAGAAGAUGAGCUUUCCCAUCGCCAACAUCCAAAUGAAAUCGCCUCCGAAAAGUCCGAGAUCACAGUGAAAGCCCUUCCGGUCGCUAAGUUCCCGCCGAACAAGACCCAAACAUCGAAAUCGACAGAAGAGUCCUUGUCGGAUUCUCUAGCGCGCUGUAAUUAUCUUUACCCGACACUUGACCUCGGUCUCAAAUACAUGCCUACUGCUCUCAAGGAUACUAUCUGGCCUUGUUCUAACCAGUUGCAUACGCAACAAGGGCAUUUCCCGCAAGUUUCUGCACAAGGACUUCAUCUUUGUCCGACGCCGACUCAAGGGUGGGUAGACAAGGUAGCAACUUCUUCAAACACUGUCUUGGCUGACUUAAUGAUGCCGAAGAAUCCCGAAAUCGUAGUAUCAACCUCUGCCUCCAGCAAGGAAGAAAAUGACAUCUGUGGGGAGCUUAGGACGUCAGAAACGCUGAAGUAUGGUCGCUGCCGGAGAAAUGGCUGUACUUGCCAGGGAGAUUAUCCGCAGGAGAGCAUAUGCAUAGAUGGGAGUUCUUGGGAUCAAGCAAUGCUUCGAAGACUUCUCAAAUGGGAUGAGGAGAGGUUGAAGAGAUGUGACAUGAAGCAGUCUGGCAUGUGCUGGGAGAGAAUGUCUUUGUGCGCAAUCGCUGUUGAUGCCUUGAUGGUCACGCUAUGGCACCGUCUGGCUUGGGAAUGUAAGGGCAAAAUGAUGGUGUGUGGGUAUGAGAUUGAUGCUGAACUGACCAAGUGGGUUGAUUUACUCCAUAUCGUUCUACCGAUGACAGCGUUUGCAAAACUGACGCCCGCCCGCCUCCAGGCUGUUGUACCGAGUGUGCGGUAUGUCUGCGCCUGCGCCCUGUGCCUGUGUAUGAUUGUGGUGAUGUAUGCUUUCCUGCCCAUGCCGCUGCCAUGGCCUCAGGAUGAUCAAUCAACCUGA